UGCUAGAGCUGCUCUGAUUUUGAAAGGAAUGGGGAAAGGGCUUUCAAUAUGGCAUUACAGCUGCUCUGCUGAUUCUCGUUAGGUCUAAGGUUCUACUCCACAAAUCAAAGGAAACAAGACUGCUCAAGCUAGAUCUGCCAGGGUCACCCUUCGAGACUCCUUCUGCCAUGUCAAAGUUAGCUUUGCUUAAGCCAUAUUGAAACCAUUUUAGAAUAGGAGAGGUAAGCAGCUGCUGAAAAGUGCCAUGAGAUUCAAGGUCCUUCUAUCUUGCAAAAGAAUACAGGCAUUGGGGACUGGGAGCCCUAGAAGGGAGUUUUAAUAGGGAAAUUCAUGCUGUAGCCUCAGAUCAGGCAAUGGAUGUGUUACUGUGCUGACCUCCUUUAAUAAACUCUUUCUGGUUGAAAUUCACCAAGUUAGAUAAAGACAGGGCAUUAUGAGAUCUCAAUCAGGUUUCCAGGUUACCUGUCCAGGAUCCAGAAUUUCUACUAUGGACCAGAUGGCCAAAUGUGAAACCUACGAAAGAAAUUAUGACAACAUGGUAAAGAUGCUUGAGGAUCUGAAUAGAGACUUAGAAAAACUACUGGAAGACAUGGAAAAACUAUCAGUGCAGGCUACCUGGAUGGCUUAUGAUAUGGUGGUGCUGCGUGCUAACCCAGACUUGGCCAACUCAAUGAGACGCCUGGAAGAUGCCUUUCUUACCUGUAAGGAGGAAAUGGAGAAAAACUGGCAAGAAAUGUUGAAGGAAACUAAAGGCGCAGAACAAAAAUCAGAAUAAAUACCAACCUUUAAAACAUCUGGUGGAAAUGUAAGCCUUGGAAAAAAUUGUCUUGACAUCACUUUGUUGACACAUACAUAAAUGUCUGUUUAUAAAAUACAUUUUAAAUUCGAUGUUCGACGUAUGUCCACAUUAAA